UACGAUUCCAGAAAUCUUGAUUACAAACGAAUUUGUCAUGGUAACCGUGUACUGGGAUAUUUGAUCAAUAUUUCUUCGUUGCCUCACAGACUUUCUUUCAAACACACAAUUUCUGCUACCGACUUGAGUGAAAGUGUAAAAAUCAAAAUCUUGUCAGAUACAAGAGUCCAGUAAAAUCAAAAUGACGACAGCAGAAAAUGGCGACUAUCUAUCAUUCGGCGACAGAAACUUUGGGCUCGGCACAGUAUUGAACUGGCACGACCACAAUCAACGCGUCUUAAAAGGGGACAUCAUCGGUAUCACCGAUGAAAACACUUCCAUCACCAAGAAUAGCAUCGUCAAAGUCAACCAAACUUCUUGCAACGACUUCAGUGAUAGCACAGACCAAUUGAAGCACCGGGCCAGGCACAUCAAUUACUGGAAGGCAGAAUUGGAAAGAGCUAUACGUGAUAUAGAUGCCGAAAUAGCAAUUCUUGAAGCUCAAAGGCAGCAAGUGAAGAAUGCUAUGGAUAUUUUAACUAUCCCUGAAUAUAUAACUGAAGAGUGUCUAGAUCUGAGACGACUGAGGAUGCAAUCAGACCUCAUUUACGACGAGCCACAAGAGGAAUUAUUCACGGAGUCAGCGUUGAUAGAAAACGUGAAGCGACUACACAGAGAAAUGUUGAGGGACAUACAGAAUCAAAUGCAGAUGAAUGUAGCAGCGAAAAAUGCGUUGGAACGGGAUUGGAGCGACAAGUACUUGGCUUUCAAAUACGAAAGCGAGAACGUUGAUUUGGAAACGAAAUCUGAUAACGUUAAAGAUAUCGCUGGAGCUACGAGACUGUCGGAAGGACAGUCUAAUGUGCAGUCCUGGGAACAGUACACGGUUAACGCACUGUCCCAGUUUAAACAUGCCAUUGAUAGGUCAAAAGAAUUGAGAGCAAAAGUUGAGGCAGUGCUGAUAAACACUGCUAGGGACUUGCGCACACAAGACAUAAAAGUAAACAAGGCGUUGAGCGAAAGGAUAGCUAAGACGGAGCAGGUAAAGAUAGAACUGGAGAAUCAGCUGAAAUUGACACUGGAGAAGAUUGUCGAAACGGAGAACAUUCUCGAAACGCUCCACGAGGAAAUGCUUAAGGUAUCGCAGAGGCUACAAGUGGCACAGACGAGAUUGAACACAAAGAACUGUAGACCCAAAGUCGAAAAUUGCAGGGAGGGGUCGUUGAUAGGUCUGCUUGAAGAAGUCAGAGAUUUGAAUGAUAGCAUGAGUCUGCUGCAGAAAAGGUCUUUGGAGACGGAGAAACUGAGGGCAGAUCUGAUCCACGAGAGAUCUUUGAUAGAGAAUGAGAUUAUAGUUAAGAAAAAGACGUUGCAUUUGGACAACGAAAGAUGCCUGUUUCUGAGGUCGCAUUUUCAAUCGGCGGAAAAAUUGUGUGGUUACUAG